GUCACGUAAACGUCAUAGCACUGAGGAAGUAAGAAAUUUCUGAACGUCGAGGCUGUCAAAGUACCACCUGUAUCCUGAUGUCACAGUUCUAUGUAACAGAAACUUUACUUUAAUACACAACUGCGCGCGUCGCAGCUUUUACAUCUGCCACCAUGAACAGACAGAGAAGACCGGACAGCUUUCGCGCAACCAGCCCUGACCAGCCCAAAGCCAAAGCUCGAACAAAAACAAAUGCGACUGGGAAGAGUAAAGAGCAGGGAGAUCACCAUACGACUGACAGGGGGGAUCAGUCACAAGAGCGCGCCAAGGACAAAUGCGCGCCGAGACGGGGAAGCAGAAAACAACGCAGUGAUCCUAAUGACUGUGGAAGUGCAGACAACCCUCAUGAAUCCCCAGCACCAAAACGGGGAACCAUUCAUCAACAGAGUAAAAAGCAAAAGGAUCUUCGGAGUGGGUCCUCGGAGACCCCCGAGAAUAAAUACGAAGAAAAGCGCGCUUCGGCAUCUAGAGGUGUUCCUGUUCACAAUAACGCUGACGAGAAUGAUAAACAAGACAGUGCAAAAAGCAAGCGACAGAGUAAAAGAUAUGACUGUGAAAGUAAAGACGAACCACAGCAAACUGCCAAGAGCAAGUCCGAUGAAAAAACAGCACCAAAACGACAGAGUAGAAAGCAGAGAGAACCUUUAAACUUUGACAAAGAAGAACCACUUAAGAGCUCUUCGGAAGCAAAAUCCACAUCAAAACCUAGAACGCGGCUUGAACUUGCUACUAAAACGGAGUCUUCCGACGCGAGUAACCCACGGGAAGCUUCUCAAGCGCCAGCGGUUAGCGUGCUCAGCGAUCGUCAAAAGAAAAGCGCAGAAAGAGCAACUGCAAUGAGAGCACUAAGCGUCGAUGACACACUGGGAAAAAUUCUUAAGACAACUAUUGAGAAAUUAAAGAUCAAGAAGCACGAGCGAUCUAAUGCGUCCAGCUGUGUUAAUGACAUCACGGCUAAAGUCAUUGCACAUCUGAAACAAAACGUGUCCUGGUGUGAAGGUAUCGAUAGCUUACGAUCUGGAAGUUAUUAUGAAAACCUUAAAAUUUGUGAACCAGAUGAAUUUGAUGUGAUGCUGACUUUUCCUGUGGAGCGAGUGGACAUUCAGAAGUUUGACGAGGCUGGAGCAUUUUACACUGUUGCAUUGAAACGACACUCGAAUAGACAUCCUCUGGACAGAUUCCUAAAUGAAGACAAGACCAUUAAAGCCAGCAAAAUGCUGAGUGAAUUCAGAGAAGCCGUCAAGGAGGCUGUGGAAAAACUUCCAUACAAAAUUGAGAUGCUGCGAAAAAAGCCAAGAUGCCCUGCAGUGACGCUGGAAGUAAAAACGGAAGAAAAUGGAAAGACUAUUUCCGUCGACUUUGUUCUUGGUCUUAAGGUUCAUACAGCCUGGCCAGGCUUUACAACAGAUGGCUUCAAAAUAGAAAACUGGCUUGGUAGAAAGGAGAAAAACAAUAUGAAGCGUCAACCAUUCUACCUGGUGCCUAAAUAUGAGGGAAAGGGAAAUGCAGAGCAUGAUGGAGUUGUUGCAGAAGAUGCCUGGCGAAUUUCUUUUUCACACGUCGAAAAAGAAAUUCUGAAAAGGCACGGCCAAUCCAAGACAUGCUGCGAGUAUGGAAAUGGACAGAAAUGUUGCCGGAAGGAGUGUCUAAAGCUUCUGAAGUAUCUUCUUCACAAGCUCAAAGAGGACAACUCCAAAUCCAGUAAAAUAUCCAGCUUCUGCUCCUAUCAUGCAAAGACCACCCUUCUCCAUGCUUGUGCCGACAGGGGAGCCGACAGCGAGUGGGCAUACAGUCAACUGGCCGACUGCUUCCAGCAGCUUUUGGAAGACUUUGUAAAAUACCUAAGAAAUCGUCAACUCUCUAACUUUUUCAUUCCCUCCCAUAAUCUCUUGCAUCAUGUCUCUAGGAGCAACUGUGAAUUCCUGGCAAAUGAAAUUGAAUUUCAGCGCAAUAACAACUUUCCUAUAUUCAGUUAAUUUUGAUUUUCUGUUUAUUGUAUUUAUGAAUGUUUUGUUCUUUUAUCUUGAUAGUCAACUGCUGCUUAAAACCAUUCAA